AUGGUGAGGCUGGUGCUGCCCAACCCCGGCCUGGAGGCCCGGAUCCCGUCGCUGGGCGAGCUGGAGCGCAUCGAACAGGAGGAGAGCAGCUCGCGGCCCAAGUGGGACAACAAGGCGCAGUACAUGCUGACCUGCGUGGGCUUCUGCGUGGGCCUGGGCAACGUGUGGCGCUUCCCCUACCUGUGCCAGAGUCACGGCGGAGGAGCGUUCAUGAUUCCGUUCCUCAUCCUGCUGGUCCUGGAGGGGAUACCGCUGCUGCACCUGGAGUUUGCCAUCGGGCAGCGGCUGCGCAAGGGCAGCGUGGGCGUCUGGAGCGCCAUCCACCCGGCCCUCAAGGGCGUAGGCAUCGCGUCCAUGUUCGUGUCCUUCAUGGUGGGCCUCUACUACAACACCAUCAUCGCCUGGGUCAUGUGGUACUUCUUCAACUCCUUCCAGGAGCCGCUGCCUUGGAGCCAGUGUCCACUCAACGCCAACGAGACAGGUUACGUGGAGGAGUGUGCCCGCAGCUCCUCUGUGGACUACUUCUGGUACCGCGAGACCCUCAACAUCUCCACCUCCAUCGAUGACUCGGGCUCCGUGCAGUGGUGGAUCCUGCUGGCCCUGACGUGCGCCUGGAGCGUGCUCUACGUGUGCACCAUCCGGGGCAUCGAGACCACCGGGAAGGCCGUGUACAUCACAUCCACGCUGCCCUACGUUGUCCUGACCAUCUUUCUCAUCCGGGGCCUGACGCUGAAGGGAGCCACCAAUGGCAUUGUCUUCCUCUUCACGCCCAACGUCACGGAGCUGGCCAACCCGGUCACCUGGCUGGACGCAGGGGCCCAAGUCUUCUACUCCUUCUCCUUGGCCUUCGGGGGCCUCAUCUCCUUCUCCAGCUACAACCCUGUCCACAACAACUGCGAGAUGGACUCGGUCAUCGUGUCUGUGAUCAACGGCUUCACGUCCGUGUACGCGGCCACCGUUGUCUACUCCAUCAUUGGCUUCCGUGCCACCGAACGCUACGAUGACUGCUUCAGCACGAACAUCCUGACGCUCAUCAACGGGUUCGACUUGCCCGAAGGCAAUGUGACGCAGGAGAACUUUGCUGAGAUGCAGCAGUGGUGCAACGCCUCCGACCCCGUGGCCUACGCCAAGCUCAAGUUCCAGACCUGCGACAUGAACGCCUUCCUCUCAGAGGGCGUGGAGGGCACCGGGCUGGCCUUCAUCGUCUUCACCGAGGCCAUCACCAAGAUGCCAGUGGCGCCGCUCUGGUCCGUCCUCUUCUUCGUCAUGCUCUUCUGCCUGGGCCUGUCGUCCAUGUUCGGCAACAUGGAGGGUGUGAUCGUGCCCCUGCAAGACCUCAGAGUCAUCCCCAAGAAGUGGCCCAAGGAGCUGCUCACAGGCCUCAUCUGCCUGGGGAUGUACCUCAUCGCCUUCAUUUUCACACUGAACUCCGGCCAGUACUGGCUGUCUCUUCUGGACAGCUACGCGGGCUCCAUCCCCCUGCUCGUCAUCGCCUUCUUCGAGAUGUUCUCCGUGGUCUAUGUGUACGGCGUAGACAGGUUCAACAGGGACAUCGAGUUCAUGAUCGGCCACAAGCCCAACAUCUUCUGGCAGGUCACGUGGAGAGUGGUGAGCCCCCUGCUCAUGCUGGCCAUCUUCCUAUUCUUCUUCGUGAUCGAGGUCAGGGAGGAGCUGACAUACAACAUCUGGGACCCAGCCUAUGAGGAAUUUCCCAAAUCCAAGGAGAUCAAGUACCCGGGCUGGGUGUAUGCCGUGGUGGUCAUUGUUGCUGGGGUCCCCUGCUUGGUCAUCCCCUGCUUCGCCAUCUACAAGCUCAUCAGGAACCUCUUCCAGAGGCCAGGGGACCAGCGGGCACUUGUCAGCGCAGUGUCUGCGGCCUCAGUGAACGGUGACCUGUGGUCCUAG